AACGACGACCGAGCUGCCUUGCAUUACAACAUCUUCACCGUUUGCCAUCCCAUCACCACCCUCUUCUCCUUCUCCCUCCCCCUCCUCAAUUCAACAUCUCCCCCCUUCUCAGCAUCCCACGAUGGACAACGAAAAGAUCUCCAACUUCCUCGCCUCCCAACGCGAUUCCGCCCCAGACAACCUACAACACUACUUCCUCACCUUUGAAGACUACUGGGAGCGGAAGCUAUGGCACGAACUCACCGACAUCCUCGUCCAAUUCUACAACGAGUCGCAGUCCGCCGGUCAACGGAUAGCAAUAUAUGAGAACUUUGUGCGCACCUUUGCCGACAAGAUCAAUCAGCUCAAGCUGGUGACCAUCGGUCUGCGGACGGCGGGGGAAUACAAAGAUGACAGCGAAAGACUCCAGUUCCUCACCACGCUCGCGAAACGAGUGGACAAACCCGGCUCCCAAGACGCCUACGUCUACGCCCUCACCUCCGAAGCAUCCGUGCGACUCAGCCUUUCCGACUCCACCGCCGCACGCACCGACCUCAACAAAUGCGAGACCAUCCUCGACACCUUCGACUCGGUGGAGACGGUGGUGCACGCCUCCUUCUACCGCGUGAGCGCCGACUACUACCAAUCCCAACACGAGUUCGCAAACUACUACCGCACCACCCUCCUCUACCUCGCCUGUGUGGAUGUUGAGGACGUAGGACAGAGCGAGAAACAGCGCAUCGCAUACGACCUCUCCAUCGCCGCGCUGGUGAGCGACAGCAUCUACAAUUUCGGAGAACUGCUCCUUCACCCCAUCCUCGACUCGCUCAAGGGUGGCGAACACGACUGGUUGCGCGAGCUCCUCUUCGCCUUCAACCGCGGCGACCUGGGCGCCUACAACAUCCUGCAAUCCCAUUCUCAAGCCAACACCCUCCUCCAAUCCCAUCAGCAAUUCCUCUACCAGAAAAUCUCCCUCUCCGCCCUCACGCAGCUCGUCUUCUCCCGCGCCCCGCAAGACCGCAGCAUGACCUUUACCACCAUCUCCGAAGAGACCAAGGUGGCCAUUGACGAGAUCGAGCAUCUCAUCAUGAAAGCGUUGAGUUUGGGGUUGUUGAGGGGGAGCAUCGAUCAAGUGGCGGAGGUGGCGAGGAUCAGCUGGGUGCAGCCAAAGGUGCUGGAUCGGACAGGUAUUGAGGACAUGAAUACGAGAUUGACGGAGUGGAGCGGUGGGGUGGAGAGACUGGGCAACUACGUGGAAGGGGUUGGGAGGGAUGUAUGGGCUGCGUAGUAGAGCUCGGAGCUCGCAAGGGUUAUUGGGCAACACGCUCAGAUGAUCAAGAAGGAGGGGAGAGUAUGCACGCACUGCUGGCACAAGCGACGCUCUGAUUCUGCACCAUCGGUGCCCUGCAUUGAGCGGCUGGCAUUCUCCAAACUCGGCUGAAGCAAGGCUACAAAAAGGUGACUGUAUGAUACAUCAUAGAUAGGUAGCAUCAAUCGCAGGUGUAAUGUACCGUUAUCCCAAACCAUGACUGUAUCCUACUUUUGUAGUUCCACCCUGUAUUCAAUGUCAAUGAUCGCCGACAAGGGAAGCAUUCACGGCGCGUUUUCUUCACUGCCGGAGUGCGGAUCUCGGAUUUGCAACUACACCUCCUCC